GUUAAUUGAGUUUUUAUAUUGUUUUUGUGACUUUCCUUAUUUUCGUAUCAUUAUCGCCACAAUGGCUGCAUACACUACCGAAGAAUACGCCGAUAUUGUCUUUGCUUAUGGAAGAGCCAAUGGUAAUACGCGAGAAGCACAAAUAAUUUAUGAGGAGCAAUACCCCAAUAGGCGUGUGCCCUACCACAACACUUUUGCUAACACUUUUCGUCGAUUAAGGGAAACAGGCAAUCUAAAUUUUCAAGAACCGAGGAUCAAUCGGAGGCAGUAUGAUGUCGCUGUAGAUGAAAACGUAAUUCGCGCAUUCGAUGAGGAUCCCACCACUAGUACAAGGAAAGUAGCUACAGAUCUGAACAUUUCUACAUGGAAAGCAUGGUCAAUUGUCAAGGCAGAAGGAAGGCAUCCUUUCCAUUACACCCCAGUGCAAGGUCUUCUACAAGCCGACUAUGAGCGACGGGUACAAUUUUGCCGCUUUUUGCUUCACGCAGACGUUGAAAAUGGACACUUUUUAAAAAGCGGCUUAUGGACAGAUGAGUCAACAUUUACACGUGCGGGGAUAUUUAACCAACAUUAUUUACGUUAUUGGGAAAACAAAAACGUAAAUCCGCAUUUGACCAGAGCCAAGUCUUUCCAAACAAGAUUCAGUGUUAAUGUUUGGGCAGGUGUAAUUGGGAGACACCUCAUCGGUCCACACUACUUGCCGAGAAACCUCAACAGGGACGAUUACUUACAUUUUUUUACAAAAUGA